GUCUAUAAGGUUCUCAUGUGUUAUUUAAGAGCGCAGCGGCGCUCGAGCGCUGUUCAUUGCCGAAAUCACACAGUGUUUGAUACAGCACAGAUCCGAUCCGAGAGAGAUAUGGCAGAAACCGCUCCAGCACCGGCUGCUGCAGCCCCGGCCAAAGCGCCCAAGAAGAAGUCAGCUGCGAAAGCCAAGAAAGCAGGUCCAAGCGUCGGUGAGCUCAUCGUCAAAGCUGUGUCCGCAUCCAAGGAGAGGAGUGGCGUGUCCCUCGCCGCCCUGAAGAAGGCUAUCGCCGCCAGCGGCUACGACGUGGAGAAGAACAACUCCCGCGUUAAGAUCGCCAUCAAGAACCUGGUGACUAAAGGCACCCUGGUGCAGGUCAAAGGGACCGGCGCUUCGGGCUCAUUCAAGCUCAACAAGCAGCAAGCCGAGCCCAAGAAGAAGCCGGCCAAGAAAGCGGCUCCUAAAGCGAAGAAGCCCGCGGCCAAGAAACCCGCUGCUGCCAAGAAGCCCAAGAGCGCAGCGGCAAAGAAGCCCGCCGCAAAGAAAUCGCCCAAGAAGGCCAAGAAACCCGCCGCCACAGCCGCCAAGAAGGCGACGAAGAGCCCCAAGAAGGCAAAGAAGCCAGCAGCCGCUAAGAAAGCAGCCAAGAGCCCCAAAAAGGCCAAGGCGGCUAAACCUAAGGCGGCAAAGCCUAAAGCCGCCAAGCCUAAAAAGGCAGCGCCCAAAAAGAAAUAAAGUCUUUACAGUUUCUUCUCAACGGCUCUUUUAAGAGCCACCCACUAACUCCGAAAAAAAAGAGCAAAACCAGUGUAUAUUAAUGUACUGUUGAAAGUAGAUAACCAAGAUGUGAUUUAGACUCGUGCAAUUAGAACAUUUUUAAAGACCGUUUUUAUAUAUAAAAAAAUUGAUUAUAUGGGUUCAGACAGUGAUCAGUCCAAAUGCGAUGUUGUAGAAUAAAGUACAGACAGAAUAUUUACACACAACACUCCGCUGGAAAAUUCUAACAAUACAACAGUGAAAACACUCCAAUAUUACAACAGGAACAUAAUACUGUACAGUAUCAGAUCAACGUGCACAGAAUA